ACGCUGAGAACACCAAUAGAAUCCAACACCCGAAUCGAUAUCGUUUCACUUCAAGGAAGAAGGGAAAAAAAGCUUCGAAUCCUUCCCCUUUCGUUCCACAAAGUUUGUAUUUCUGGAAAAGGCAGCAACAAGAAACAAGAAUGGUGGGUGUUUGGGUGAGGUGAGAAGAAGACCGGUGGAUGGAGUCGGACUCGAAUGGAUGGAGUCGAGCUCGAGGUUUGAUAGUGAAGACUCUGGUUUUAAUCGGAGGCCUUCUUUUUCUCAAAAGGUUCACCAAAUCCACCACUCGUUGGGACCACGCUAAAUUUGUUGCUCGUUCUCUUAGCGGCGAAAAGUCCUCGCAGGAGCAAGCCUCUAGAAAUCCAGAUAGUUACUUCAACAUCAGAGCACUUACUUGCCCUGCAACAGAGAUGGUGGAUGGGUCAAAGGUUUUAUAUUCAGAACAGGCAUUCUGGAGGACUCCCCAGAAACCUUUCCGGCAGAGGUUUUAUAUGGUGAAGCCUUGUCCGAAAGAUUUGAAGUGCGAUGUUGAGUUAAGUACUUAUGCAAUUAGAGAUGCGGAUGAAUACAAGAAUUUCUGUGAUCGUCCAAGGGAUCAACGCCCGCUACCUGAAGAAGUUAUCGGUGAUGUUGCUGAACAAUUGACAACUAUACAUCUCAAACGCUGCGAUAGGGGGAAACGCUAUUUAUAUGAAGGUUCAACUCCACCGAGCGGAUUCCCGAAUUUAUGGAAUGGAGCAACAUACUGCACUUCAGAACUCUCGGUUUUGAAGAACAAUGAGAUACAUACCUGGGAUAGGGGUUACGAUGAUGAUGGAAAUCAGGUUUGGGGAGCUAAGGAAGGCCCUUAUGAGUUCAAGCCUGCACCGUUUUCACCUCCGAAUUUUGCACCUCCGCAGACGGUGGAGAAGAGGAUAGAGGGAUCGUUUGUGUUGGAAGAAUGAUUCAUGGUUUACAUAUAUUCUGAAUCUGUAAAAUUUCAACUCCGUUACAUAAGUUUGAGUGAAGUUCCUUGGAUUAUUUGAUUGCAUUCAACCACUCAAAAUUCACAGAAUUGUACUGCAAACUCUGUAAAAUUCUUAAUAA